CCGAGCGAGGAAAGCAGAGAUUUCGCUCUGAGCCAUGGAGGCAAAUUAGACCGCUGAACGUCUGGGAGCGAGUCGGCGUUUAUCUUAAAUAUAUUUGCAUAACUACAGCCGCAUGUUCCGAUGGGGUUCCGCUCCAGCGCCUACGGUUUACGGUGACUGCACUCCUCCUCAAGGAGUGAUGCCAGCUCCCGAGCAGCCCCCCGCUGAGGAGGACAGGCUGUGUCCUGUCCGGGAGGGCCCCCCUGGGCCUCCUGUGGAGUCCCACAGCAUCGCGACCAACAUCCUGGCCUCCGUCAAAGAACAGGAGCUCCAGUUUGAGCGGCUGACCAGGGAGCUGGAGGCGGAACGCCAGAUUGUGGCCAGCCAGCUGGAGCAAUGUAGGCUGGGGGCGGAGUCUCCGGGCGGCAGCAGCGCCAGCUCUUCUGAGAAGUCCUUCCCCUGGAGAUCAGCAGACGCCUCGGUGGUGGGUGAGACCAAAUCGCGGGUGACGGACAGCUCGCAGUCACCAACCUACUGCACGCGGAGUGAGGCGGACCAGGCAUCGCUGUACUCCCCCGAGCAGACAUCUCUGCAUGAAAAGUCGGCCGGGAACUCCCGCAGCUCCACGCAGAUGAACUCGUACUCGGACAGCGGCUUCCAGGAGGCCUGUGGGUACUACAGUGGACAGGGUGCCGGCAAGCCGGAACUCAGGCUCCAGCACUCCUAUCCUGGCAGUGGAAACUCGCUGGGCCGCGGAACCCGCGCUGAGGGACAGACCUCCAUCCAGGUGACCGGGAGUCACCCCGCCGGCUCGGGCCGGGCCAUGCGGAGGGUGAGCUCGGUGCCGUCCCGCACGCACUCGCCCGCGUACGGCAGUGCCGUGUCCCCGUCGCGCGGCUCCCUGCGCACCUUGCUGGGCAGCGCUUACGGCUCGCCGGUGGUGGCCGAGCCCAAACCGCUGGCGGCGGUCUUCUCCGCGACGACGCUGCCUGCUUCCCAGCGGCCUGGCUCUCCGGCCUCCGUGCGGCCCGGUAGCGCCGGCCGCGCUGCCUCCUCCUCCCCAUACCAGGCGCCGGCACGCGCCGGCUCCCCCGCGGCCACGCCCGGAUCCUCAUCGCCCUCGCCGGUGCGCUCCGGCAUGACGGCGGUGCCUCAGCACUACGGCUCCACGCUGCCGCGCUCCCUGCUACACGACGGUGACCUCUACGCCCCGCGCACCUACGAACUCUACGAGCGCAUGCUCCCGCCGCGCCCCGACAGCCUCACAGGCCUUCAGACCUCCUACGCCAGCCAGCACAGCCUACUGGGCCAGGACUUGAGGAUGGCCAUGUCUCCUGACCGCAACAUCACCCCCAUUUACGAAGGCCGCACCUUCCCGGCCCCCUUGUUCCACAGUCCCAAUCAUGGCACUGUCGACCUGAACCACGGCUCCCAGAGCGCCCUCUACAGGACAAGCUCAGGUAUGGGCAACUUGCAGCGGACCCUGAGCCAGCACAGUGCCGCCACCUACCACAAAGGGGGUAACUAUGCCACGUACAACGAAGCCUACCGCCACUACCGGCCCUCUGAGCCCAGCUACAGCCGGCGGGCCGUCGCCGUGGACGAUGGGGCCACUCGCUCUCCCUCCAUAGACAGCAUACAGAAGGAUCCCAGAGAGUUUGCCUGGCGAGACCCAGAGCUGCCCGAGGUCAUCCACAUGCUGCAGCACCAGUUCCCGUCGGUCCAGGCCAACGCGGCAGCAUACCUACAGCACCUGUGCUUCGGGGAUAACCGGGUCAAGUCCGAGGUACAGGGAGGGGGGGCAUUUUGGCUCAGUCCACCAGGGGGGGUCGUGACACUGCCGGCCGUAUUAUUUCCCAGCAUAGGUCGUCAGCUGAAAAUGCUACAGCUUAUUAAGUUUAAUAAAAUAAAAUCAUACUGUAAGGUUAAAUUUGAAAAUCUAGUUUGUAUGAGUUUCUGGUGGAUUCUGCUAAUAAGGAACGUGACACAAGCCCAUGUUGCGUGUCUUCUGACAUCCCCACCUGAUCGCCGCGUCUCUCUCUCUACUGCAGGGGUGCUGUGGAACCUGUCCUCCUGCGAUGCGGUGAAGAUGACAAUCAUUCGGGACGCCUUAAGCACCCUCACCAACACUGUGAUCAUCCCCCACUCUGGCUGGAGCACCUCCUCCCUUGACGAGGACCACAAGCUCAAGUUCCACUCCUCGCUGGUGCUGCGCAACGCCAGCGGCUGCUUGAGGAACCUGAGCUCCGCAGGGGAGGAGGCGCGUAAGCAGAUGCGCUCCUGCGAGGGCCUGGUGGACUCCCUGCUCCACGUCAUCAAGGCCUGCGUCAGCACCUCUGACUUCGACAGCAAGAUCGUGGAGAAUUGCAUCUGCACUCUGCGGAACCUCUCCUAUCGCCUGGAGCUGGAGAUGCCCCAGUCGUGGCUGCUGGGGGGGCAGGAGCUGGACGGGCUGGUGAGCAGUGAGUCCCCCAGCAAGGAUGUGGACUCCAGCUGCUGGGGCAAGAAGAAGAAGAAAAAGAAGAAGAAAGGCUCGCAGGAUGACCAGUGGGACGGCGUGGGCCCCAUCCCCGGCUUCUCCAAGGCCCCCAAGGGGGUGGAGAUGCUGUGGCACCCGGCUGUGGUGAAGCCCUACCUGACGCUGCUGGCGGAGAGUUCGAACCCGGCCACGCUGGAGGGCUCAGCAGGGUCUCUGCAGAACCUCUCUGCGGGAAACUGGAAGUUUGCAGCCUACAUCCGGGCAGCAGUGCGCAAGGAGAAGGGCCUGCCCAUCCUGGUGGAGCUGCUGCGCAUGGACAACGACCGCGUGGUCUGCUCUGUGGCCACGGCGCUCCGGAACAUGGCCCUGGACGUGCGCAACAAGGAGCUCAUAGGGAAGUACGCCAUGCGCGACCUGGUGAACCGCCUGCCGGGGGGGGGCACCACGCUGCUGUCGGACGAGACGGUGGCCGCCAUCUGCUGCACGCUGCACGAGGUCACCAGCAAGAACAUGGAGAACGCCAAGGCGCUGGCCGACACCGGCGGCAUCGAGAAGCUCGUCAGCAUCACCAAAGGCAGGGGCGAGAGGUACUCGAUGAAGGUAGUAAAAGCAGCAGCUCAGGUUCUGAACACACUGUGGCAGUACAGAGACCUGCGCACCAUUUAUAAAAAGGACGGCUGGAACCAGAACCACUUUAUCACACCUGUUUCCACACUGGAGCGAGAUAGGUACAAAUCACAGCCCACCCUGCCAUCCACAAACCUACAGAUGUCACCUGUCAUCCAGUCAGGUGGCAGUGCGACGUCCUCUCCUGCCAUGUUGGGGAUUAAAGAACAUCGCUCAAAUUAUCAAAGAACACAGUCAUCUAUGCAAUUCUAUAAUUAUCAAGGAGAUGGCAGUGUACAUAAAUACCAAUCCACAACGUCCAGGAAGCCAUCGCAGUAUUUUACAGGAUCCUACUCCUCACCCACGAGAGAGGAGCCCAGACGAGGACAGCAGUUGUACUAUGCUGAGGAUCCCAGCAGGAGGACCUAUGAUACCUACAGAAGGUACCUGCAGUCUCCACGCAGCUAUGAGGACUCCUACUUCGAGGAUGGUGUCCAUUACUCCUCCACGGCGGACUACACGCCAGCGCCGCACUCGCUGAAAUCCACCACGAACUAUGUGGACUUCUACUCGGCCGCACGGAGACCUUCGUACCGGGCGGAGCAGUACCCGGGCUCGCCAGACUCCUGGGUGUAAAGGCUCCGCCCCUUUUCCAGGGAAUGGAGUCCCCUUAUUGGCUUUUACCUGUACGUUUCAUUAUUAAAUGACUUAUGAACGUGGGGUUGACAGGAUGUAGAUGGACAGCAGAACGUCUAGCCAAAGAAAGAGAUGGUGGGAUGUGCGUUUCGUGUUGGUAAGAAGGAAUAAUUAUGAAGUGGGAGGGAGCUGGGCCAAUAGGAUGAAGUUGGAGGGGGCUGGGCUGGGCCAGUAGGAUGAAGUGGGAGGGGCCAUGGCUGGGCCUGUAUUAUAAAGUGGGAGGGGCCUUGGCUGGACCAAUAGGAUGAAGUAGGAGGGGCCAUGGCUGGGCCUGUAGGAUGAAGUGGGAGGGGGCUGGGCCAGUAGGAUGAAGUGGGAGGGGCCAUGGCUGGGACUGUAGGAUGAAGUGGGAGGGGCCAGGACCAGAUGUCUCUCUCCUGUGACGUAUGUUUUCUUUUUUGUUUGUUUCUUUAAAGUUUGUAGCUGUGCUAGCAUGUUGAAGGAGUGAGUAAAGUGAAGAAAGGUACGGGAAUGUGACAGGACUGCGUAUGUAGGGACAAGCCUUUCAUAGCACUAAAAAAGAGGAUCUAAUGAUGUUAGUUUGUACAGAGGAAUGAAAUCAUAUUCCUUUCUUGUAUUAUUGCUGUACUUAAUAUUGAGAUUGUGUACCCCCAAGAAUCAUGUACAUUUUCUUCAUUUUAUUGUAAAUAUGGGGAAAAAACUCUAUCACUGGUUUUAAGCUCAUGAGUGCCCAUUUAAGAUUUGUGCCAUGUCUAAAUUACAUAGAAAUAUAAAUGCAAAGAAACUAGAGAAUAAUUUUUGAGCAGUGGGAAGCAUAACACAUGCAUUUGAGUGUAAUAAAAUGACAUAUUUUUUGUUCUCGUUUUGUUUUUGUUUUUAAUGAAUGCUGACAGUGGAGCUCUUUUCUGAGUGAUGUUGCAGAGUCUAUUUUUCCAUUCACUGCCCUGCGCCUCACAUGGAAUGGUUCACUGCCAUUUUCUAUGCACAGAGAACAGAAAUAAACAUCAAAGUUACCUCCAGAAA